ACACACACAGAGAGAGAAAGAGAGAAACAGCCAGGCAGAGAGGGAGCUGGCGGUCUGGUGGCCUUGCAUAACACACGUUGGAGCAGCCUUGAACGCAGGACUUGGUGUUUGCUUCAGCAGUGGGGAACUUCCUUUAUCGUCAGCCCGUUGCAGGGGCAGCGUAUAUUAUCCAAACCAAGGAGCCCAGAGAGAGAGAGAGAGAGAGAGAGAGGAAGGAAGAGCUGGAGCAGCAACAGCACAGGCUCUAGGAGAAGAGAGCGGCACAAAGGAGAGAUUCAGGAAGAGGAGUCCUAGGAAACACGUCUCCAACGCACAUACAUAGAUACACACACACACACACACACUGGCAGGAAGAAUCCUUGGACAUGCUCUGCAAGCAGUGGCUGUGGAGAGACUGAUUCCUGCGGACAUCAUAGGGAGCUGGAUCAGUCAGAGAUGAUUCCUCAUGAAGUCUUUGGAGCUCAUUCUGUGAGCUGGAGUGACUCCAUCUUCUUUGUUUUGAGAUCUUGAGCUGUCAACCACUGAACACGAAGAGAGCCAGAGAGGCCAGCCCCUGCACGUAAACAUCUAUUCAAGGAAAGAGAGAGAGCGAGAGAGAGAGAGAGAGAGAGAGAGAAAGACAGAAUAAGAAAGUCUUAAACGGAGUACCUGUGAUUGCUGAACCAAAGCUGGCAUAAUGAAAUCCAACCAGGAGCGGAGUAAUGGAUGCCUGCCUCCUAAGAAGCGGGAGAUCCUGGCUUUGGAGCAGAGGCCAGUGGUGGUGGCCACAGCCACACCUGCAGCUGGACUGGUUGCUGACAGUCCCCACACGGAGAACCUAGCAUGGCUAGCAAGUGUAGCCAGUGAACGGUGCAAAUCAAGGGACGCAGAGAUUCAGAGAUGUCCCAUAUCCUCAUCUUCCUCCACUUUUUCCUCCACUUUUCCCUCAACUUCUAUCUCUUCCCCAGCUGCUCCUCUGUCUGCCGUUCCCCUGACCUCUCUGCCUGCCGUUUACCCAACAGCCCUUCCCCAGCAGGCUGGAACUAUCCAGUUUGCUCAGCUGGGACCCAACGUUCAGUUCAUAAGCUCUGGGCCCUAUGCCGGCUACAUCUCCUCCCACAUCAUCUCCACAAAUGCUAGCUCUGCACCAACUAGCUCUACCAUUGGACAGCGCACCCACCUAGACAGUUACACCACUGCCCUCAUCUCUCCCAACACCAAAGGGGAGCAGCAGUUUCAAAUAGCUGUUUCUCCUACAGAAUUGACUCCCGUGUCGCUCCCAGGCUCUCCCCAAGUCACCAGCCAGUACAUUCAUCUGGACAGCAGAACUCCUCUCACUGUCAGUGGAAAUGCAAUCACUCCAUCCACAGCCCACCUCCAGCUGCAUCCUCACACAACCGUCCUCCCUCAAACGCUCACUCUGGCUCCAUCACAGCUGGUGGUUCAGUAUGCAGACAGCCCAAUUGGAAAGAAAAUGGACGGACAUGCUAAGGGUACUCUGAAUGGGGAAUUUGAGGUGCUAAAACAUACCAAACAACCAAAUCAGCUGGCGAACCAUCAGCAUGUCCAGAGUUAUGAGGCCAGACAUAUCAUCCUACCUGCAGAAUAUGCUCAUAACCCUGCAGGACUCCAGACCUCCUUGGUGCUAGUUGCCCAGCCAAACCAUGGAGCUGAACGGGAUGCUGGCCCAAACAAGAUCUCCUUGGUCCAGACUGAGAAAGGAGGCAUAUGUUUGGGGAAACCAGUAUCCAGAUCCUCCUCUUUCACCUCCCUCACUUCAUCAGAGGUGAUGAAGUCCGUUGCUCCUCACACAGUCAUCCAGACAACUCUACCGUCUGAGGAGCUACCAGCUAGUCUCUAUUCUUCCACACAGCCACCCAUCAUUGGAUAUAUCACCAAUACAAACCAGCAUGCAGUCAGCUACCAUGCCACACUGCCCCAGCACCUUGUCAUCCCCAGCGGUCAGUCUCUGCUCAUCCCAGUCAGUGGAACAAAUAACAGCACAGAAAUUGAGGUUAGCCGCUCUGUUAGCACACUGACUGCUACCACCACCCCUCAAAUAUCCACCGCCAUGCCGCAUGCCUAUCUGGCCACAGCCCUGUCCAAGUGUGAAGCACUCGGGCCAAAUGGAAACCAACUUUCCCCAGCUGUUGCCCAAGCCCCAGUGCUGCCAGUCCCGCCCUCACACCCAGCUCCUGCUGUUGUGGCAGCUCCCUCCCCAACACCCACUCCUGUCCCUACUCCCAACCCAGUUUCCAUCCAAGCCUCCCCCCCCAUCUCCUCUUCCUCCCCCCCUGUGGCGCUUCCUCCUUUCUUUAUGCGAGGCUCCAUCAUUCAGUUGGCUGAUGGGGAGCUGAAGAGAGUUGAGGACCUGAAGACAGAGGACUUCAUCCAGAGUGCUGAAAUAAGCAGUGAGCUGAAGAUUGACUCCAGUACUGUCGAACGCAUUGACAAUGGGCAGAGUCCUAAUGCUGUGGUCAUACAGUUUUCUGUGGGAGCGCUCAAAGCCCAGGUGUGUGUGGAAGUGCUGGUGGAGUACCCUUUCUUUGUCUUUGGUCAAGGCUGGUCAUCCUGCUGCCCAGACAGAACCACCCAGCUGUUUGAGCUGUCCUGCGCCAAACUGUGCGUGGGGGAUGUGUGUGUGUCGCUGACCCUGCGCAGCUUGAGGAACAUUUCAGUAACUGACAGCCAGACUUUGGGAACCAAGAUACAGACCGGUCACCUCUCCGACUCCUGUCAAAGCAUGGAUGCCGCUGUCAGAAACAGUGCGAGUCCGAACGCCGGGAGCCAUAACAGUGGCCUCCUUAUGAAGGCCUGCAGUGCAGACAGGCUGGAGAGAGAGCGGGUCACUGGACCAAGACCAGGAUCAGAGCUACCACUGGGUUUGGGAUUAGUUCCAGGACAAGCAGAGGGGAUCUAUGGGAGUGGAACACUGUUGGCUGUCUCGGGCACUGGAGAAAUAAGGCAGGAAUCAGUGAAAACAGACAUAGCUGCUCUUACCAAAACGCAAUGUGGUGACCCAGAGAGACCUGCAUCCCGUAAGAGACGCUGGUCAGCUCCAGAGCGAGACCAGGCAGAGAGAGCAGCGGAGGAGCCUCCUCUGACUCUGCCUAAACCCUCCUUCAUCCCUCAGGAGGUUAAAAUCAGUAUAGAGGGACACUCCAGUACUGGGAGAGAGAGGUUCUUGAUCAAAAGAGUAGACUGUUGAGAGAACCUGUAAGGAGUUUUUUUUACCUGUGGUUUGCUUUGUGUUUAACCCCUCUCUUUUUCUCUAUCCAGAAUACUGUAAUAUAGGAGUUUACCCAGUAUUUACACGUUUUUUUUUCUUUUCUUUACGUAAGUCUGAUGUCUACAAUGAAGUACAGUCAAGCACCUUCAUAAGUGGUAUCACACACGAGAUCAGUGCAAUCAAUGCUGAAAGCAAAAAUGAAUGCAGAGUGAAUGUUGAGUAUGAAUGGCAGUCAGCGACCUGAAAGACAUUUGACCUGUGUGUCACAUAUCAUAAGCUGGAUUUCCUCUAUCAUGUGGCUUUAACCCGUUGGAUGCAGAUCAGUUGACCAUUCCUGCUUUCACAUAAACAAGCAAAGGCACAUUUGUCAUAGUGUAGAAUGUGAGUAAUCAUAUUGGGACUCAUGAUUUGUUUGGUUCAUAGUUAAAUGUAUCAGUGGUUAAAUGAGAGAGAGAGAGAGAGAGAGAGAGAGAGAGAGAGAGAGAGACCUGUGGUGUUACAAGAAGAGUGAUCAUGGAUGAUCUGGUGAUCUCUGCUGCCUUUACUAUCUUGUGCUUUGAGUUUAUUGCAUAAAAUGUUUUUAUUGUCAUACUGUCAGAGGUGUGUGCACUAACAGCAGGUCACUCUGCCACUUUUCUUCAUGAGAAUGUGCCUAUGUGUGGGUUUUUUUUUGGUGUCAGACAGAGCAGAGGAUAUAGCUGGGUUUGUGUGGCUGUAGCUGUGACCUCAAGUUGUCAGUACAAAAUGCAAAUGUCAAGACUGAAAUGGCCUGAAUGUAGAUUCCUGAAAUGUUGUCCUCCAUACUGAUUUAUGAAGUCAAAUUAUGAUUUUUGCCACAUCUCUGACUGGUAGGCUGAAAAUGACGUGUUAGAAGUCAAUUAUAAAACACAACUCUGACUUAUUGCCUUUCAUAUAAGAUUUUUUUUUAUCAAACAACUGCAUAUUCAUACAUUCAGAAGUACAGAGCGACAUUAACAUCUGCCUACUCUACCUGUAAAAUGACCUAGAUAAAAGGCGGCAGAAGGGUCAUAAAACCAAAAAGUAGACAUGAAAUAUCUGUGCUAGAGCUGAUUCUUUACACGACCAUCAUUAACAUUGUUUGUAUAAAACUAUGGAUAAAAAGCAACAGAAAAUGCAAACACAUGAAUACAAUAAAUCAAACAUGACAAAGUAAUUACUUAUUUUACCCUCUUGUGACCUAUCCUUUGGCUUUCUUUACAGAGACUAUGGCCUUACAAAUACCUACACAUUUACAGCAGCACAUAUUUUCCCCCACUUAUACGAGUGUAAAUGUCAAUUUCCUUAGAGUAGAGCCAAAACAAUUCUCCUACAGUUCAUACUCAGGAACAGUGUGCUUGCGUGUCUGUGUGUGAAGGGCUGAGACGCUGUGUGUUGUGUGUGCGUGCGUGUGCAUGUCCACAGUCACAUGUGAAUGUGUGUGUUUAGAGCAGCAGCACUUUGAGGAAGCAUCCAGCAGCCGUAUGUUGGUGUCCCUGCUCCUCAGCUGUUAGAUUGAAAAUAGAAUAAUCUACUGACUGUUUUUCAUGGCAUCAUGUCCUGCAGGUUUAUCAAUGAGGGGGAAACAUAAUGUACCAGGGCAGGGAAUGUAAACACACAUGGGGCAAACUAUGUCACAUUUAUUUUUGAAGACAGAAAGAGCUACUAUAGAGAGAGGAAAGAGAGACUUGUAGUGUUGAUUAUGUACAGUAAAUUGUAUCCUAGAGAGUGUACAGUGUGUGUGUGUGUAGAUAUUUUAACCCUUAUGUAGCCUAUGUACUGUAUGUGCCACAGCGCCUCCUUCUUCAGUCAUUCCAUGAACUCACCAACAUGAAGUGGUCUCCUGCUUUAGUUUUUUUUUGUCUGUUCAGGUAUUGAUCUAAUGUUCAUGAAUGUGCUACACUUCUUUGGGAACAUCUACAUCAUUUGGCCUCUUUGACUUGCACACUGUCACAUACAGUUUGUGUGAAUAUGAACGGCAGUUUAUCUCAAUAGCCAUUUACCUUUUAUAACAUGAAAGGUGUUUGUUGUAAAUCCAGUAAGCAGACUGUUUUCUUAUGUUUGUGUUUGACUGCUCAGGCUACAAAACACUGCCCAGUGACUGUUCUUCAAAAUGAUGUGGUCUUAUAGUCUUCACUGUUAAAAAGAGUACAGUACUGUUUCAUCACUUUGUCUUAGAGGACAUUUUCUCUCUUUGAGCCUGGCCCGUGUUUGUAAUAUUUCUUCUUAAGUGACACCAUAACACAGACCUAUAAUCUAUCAAAUGUAACUGUAUUAAUGACAUGAUUUGACAUUUGGGUUUCAUAAACAUACAUCUAUAUAUUUUUUUAAUAAGCAGAUGAGAAGAUUCGAUACCUCUCUUGUAAGUGUGGUGAAUUAUGAGGCUACAGCCAGUAAACGUGGCUUGGCACAAAAACUGAGAAUGGGGGAAAAAAAAUCUAGUUUCCUUAAUUCAGAAAACAAAAACAUCAGUGCCCCAUUACUUUGGUGGUAAUUUAAGACAUUUUUCCUAAGUGAAUGACUCAAUUAUCUAUGAAGAUUUGAUUUUUUUUUUUAAUUUAAUUUGUGAAAAAUAUCUCCCAAUCUUAAAGAAACAAAAGUUCUAAUUUUCUAGUUCUAAAUUUUUAUUGAGUUUUCUUUUGGGAAUAUUACAAAUCCCUGCCUUUUUUCUACCACAAUGGCCUCCAUGUACUAUGGAACUAAUGUGUAGCUUUGCAUUUCUCCUCUUUUUUUCAGUCAUUGUUCUAAGCGAGGCUGUCAGCCGGUGGUAGAUUCAUAGUUACUGCACUGAGAUCGGUAUCAGUCUUCUCAUUGAACGUUCUGCCAGAAAGCAAAUAAGAUAAUUACCCAUAAUGUGAAAUAUUCCUUCAGAGGUCCUUUACAUCCAAAGUUAUUCUUGCUAUUUUUUAUCACAGCCCAAACUGAAGCUUCAAGAAGCAAUGCUGUAAGCUAGACAGAGUUAUCGACGCAUUGUUCUCACAGAAAUAAAUGUUGAUGUUGUCCCACACGGACAGAUGAAACAAGAAGUUGUCAAUCAUUCGGCAGUGUAGUAAAACUCCUCUGAGCUUAGAGAAGAGGACAAAUCAGGCAAAAAUAAAUGAGAACACUUCUGAUUGUGUACCACAGGUGUGUAGGGGCUUUAAAUUCAAAGGUUCAGUAACUAUAAUAUACUGUACUCUUCUUGUUUACAAACAUGCUUCAUUAUGGCCCCUCUAAAUAAAUACUUUCCAGAACAUUUCUACAUGUUUAAUACAGUGUACAAGCCCACCUUGUGGUAAUUAAUGGAAUUGCACUUUGUAUAUGGGGUUGGGAUGCAGGGUGUUUUAGUCUUAUCUAACACACAGAAGUAAUGUACAGCAUGUCUGAGAUAUUUGUACUCUAACUGUACAUCAUCUCAGUGAUUUGUAAAUAGCUAAAGUCUUCCAUUAUACAAUUGGUUUGACCUUGUUGCCAUGGAGAGGAUAAACACUGAUCCCUGUGUACAGACCUUUGAAGUAAAGUUUAAUUUCUAACAUACAAUAUUAUUUAUUUGACAUAAUUGCAGUUCAGUGCAUCACCUAUGAUAAUUCCGUUUGCACCAGCUAAAAAAAACAAAAACAAAAACAAAAACAGGACAUUAUGGGAAUAAAAGACUUAAAAAGAUAUUUUGUAAUUUGGGUCUGUUUGAUAAGAUACACAUUGUCCUACGUACAGUCUGUAAAAGUAUCAAUGAUGUUCCCUUACUUUGAUGGUGUUGAGGUUUGCUAGUCAGAAACUGUUAAAUCUUUACUUCAAAUGUUUGAUUUUACAUUUGAUCAAAUAUAUAUAAAAAAUAAAGAGUCUAAA